AUGGCUGGCGCGGCGGUCCGGCCCCAGGUGCUGCGCCAGGCGCCCUUCGAGGAAGCCUUGGAUCCGCGAGCCUUUGUGCAGAGCUCUUGGCUUUACGGACCUCCGCGUGGAGAGCUCCAUCCUUGGGCCUGGGAUUUGUGGCGGGCCAAUGGCUCCGUUGACUGCAGCUUUCCGAAAUCUCGCCAGGGGCGCAAGAUCUACGAGCCAUGUGGCCCCAUGCCGCGGAGCAACCUGCGACGCAUCCUUGCCUUCUUCACAGGUUAUCUGAACCUCACCUUGGACAUUGACACCCUCAUGUUCCAGUUCCAGAGCCCGGGGGAGCAGUUGGCGCUGCGACCCACCGUGCAAGGACAGCCUUGCCGAGGGCCUUGGGACGUCCACGACUUCAACUUUCAUGGAGGAUAUCCACUGCGACUUGUACGGGCUGGAAGAUACUUGCAUCAGUGGCUGAUCUUGAACGCAACCUGUGGGAACUCCACUGCGACGCUCGAGUUCCGGGUUUGGCCGCAGAGCGUCGAUCUCCACAUCAUCCCCGAGGACGGCGCGUCGGUGCCUGGCUUCCAGGAGGAACUGGGGCAUGCCACAUCCACAGUCAUGGGUGGGCCGGGAUACGGUGCUGCCGCGUAUUGCCUGCGGUGUCAAGAUGCGUGCCUUUGGAAACGAUUGAUCGCAUCUGGUCCACGUGGUUGCUGCCCGUUGGGCGAAGGGUUGUGUGGAUCUGGUCCCAAACCGGCGUGCUCCGUCCCACUGAACGACUGGAAUGCUGGAUCGGUUCCGCGGCUGACUGUGCGGGAUGCUGCUGAAGGGCCACUCUGGCCUGCGCUCUCGACAGGCAGCUUAUUUCCGGGGAAGCGCCACAUCUGGGGCGACGGGCAAGCUUGGAGGGUGGAGCUCAGCUCUCGCAACGAGAGCAUCGUGCAAAAUGACGGCUACGAGGUCAUCUUGACGAACCCAACUGUCGAGAGCAUCGACUUUCGGGUCAUUUUUCACAUCGCCGCCCCCAAGAAGAUCACGGGUGUUGCUGCAGCGCUGCACAACGGUACCACGAAGCGACCUUCAGGACUUCAUCUGCAGAUCAGCAAGAACUGGCACGACAACGAGUGCUUCUGGGAUCGCAUCAGAUAUGACGGAGAGUGGUAUUCAGCCGUGGUCCACGUGCGGGUCCCGCCUCGGAGCCGCUUGAAAGGUGAGCUCCUGGUGGCCUACCAGUUCUUCGGCAAGCUCCACACCGUCUCUCAUGCGCAGCUCUGUCUGAUAGGCUGGGUUGGAUCAAAUGGUCUCUGGGAAGAGGUUGGCCUGGGCACCGAGGGUGAAUCCAUCACCUUCGAGCCCAACCUGCAGCAGCGGCGAAACCUGGUCCUUGACACGCGGCCCUUCCUUGUUUGCAAGAUGGAUGAGCCCAAGUGCACAUGUCAGAAGGAAGUCAACGCGAGCGGAAGGUUUGCGCAGCACCUGUGCCAUGUUGACAAGGUGGAUGGCUGCGUGGGAGAUGUUAACGUCACUGGCUGGACGGAAAACCAUGGCGGAUCAGACUUCUUGACGGCAGUGGACCCUGGUGGGUCGUUCCAGUACUUGACGAACGUGACCGUCACACACACAUCGAACGGACCCCGGCUAACGAAUGCGACUUACACGGGAGUGACAGUCGAUGGCGCCAUCCGAGUGGAGCGGACCGUCUCCACCUGGGCGACGGAGGAUUUCCCCCGCCACUUGCACUCCUUUCGCUACGAGGUCCUGAAGAAUGUGACGUAUCGGCGCCUGGCCUUCUACCUGCUGGGUGGGGAUUGGUACAACAACGUCCUCAGCCCGAGCCUUGCCUUCGGAGAUUCCAAAGGCUUGCAGCACCAUGUCUCGAACAUCUCAGCCUCGUUGGAGCAGUUCGAGUACUCGAAGGACUUGAAGAAUGUGAAGUUCUGUCAGGAGCCACCUUGCUGGUUUGCCCUACUCACGCAGACUACUCAGGCCGACCGCUACGCGCACCGCGGGCUGGUGGUGCGGCGCUGGCGCGGGCGGAUGGGGGGAGAGGAGCUGCCCGAAGAUCGAGGCUUCGCCUUUUCCGUCAUCGGCUCCCGGCAGUGGGGCGAGGCCACGCCCACGCUGGGCCUGGAGCUGGGCCCGGGCAAGAAGAGCCUCGAGGCCGGGGACGUGAUCUCAGCAGAUCUGGAGCUGCUCCUGUAUCCCAAGACGGAAGAGGUUUACUACGGGCCCUCCAUGCGCCUCCGCAACUGGCUGUCCAUGGAGCCCUGGGAGGUGGUGCAGCGUGCCGCAGUGGAAGCCCAACUCAAGGUGCAAGUGGUUGAAGGCGUCCUCCAGCGCAGCUACCCACCCAGAGUGGCUGUAAGUGCUGAAGGUCGUGCGGAGUUCCGCUUCCACGUACCCGAGGGGUACCCAGGCCUGAUGCCCCUGACCAUCGCGGGCAUCUCCAAUGGAGGGGGCCGCCUCUGCAUCUGGGACGACGGCUGCAAAGAGCUGGGGGAAGGUGGCGAAUUCCAAACGGACUACAUCCCAGGAGAAGGUUUUGCACACACAUUCAGUUUGAUGCCAGCCGAGUUUGGUUCUGAAAGGCUUUUCAUCUUCGAAGAGGUCUGCCUGACGUAA